CAUCGGCGACUCUCGGUGGCAAACAACCGCGUUUGCAAAGCACGACUCGCGUUCUGUUGCAUGCGUGCAUCGGAUCUUAGUUGCACCAGCACAUUUAGUUACCAUCAACUCCCAUCUACGCCAACAAAUAAACAACACCAUGCCUGGUUCCCAUCCCCAGGAGGUCGAUCUCGCUUUUGCAGGUAACCACGAGCUGCGGAAGCGCGUGCAUGCCGCCAUCGAUCAGAAUCCCACGCAAAGCACUCUCUUCCGCGACAUUUCCACCUACAUCCUCGACCAAACUUCGCAAUCCACUACCGAGCCUACGUCGAAAAAGCGAAAACUCGAAGACAAAAAUGGAGAGCAGAAUGGCACCACAACAUCGACUGCCGCAUUGACUAGCACCGACCUCAAAGCUUGGAAAACAUACCCAGCCGUCAGCUUCUCGAUCCCCCAACGGAAGAAAUUUACCCUCGAGCUUGUGGAUAAUAAGAAAGAUGGUGGGAUACGUGCACUGAAUGCCGAGGGGAACGUCGAGUUCUGCAUUCCAUGGUCUCAGGUCGACCAGGUCUUUUGCUUGCCCAUCCCCGAGAAAGCAAAGCGCCAACACCAUUUUGUUGUCCUUCCUGUUCACGGCGAUGGCGUAAACCCUGUACCUGAACAUCUCAAAGAGGCACCUCCCGAGCCCAUAGUCUGGACCUUUGAGGAAGCGACGGGCAAGAAUAUUGUCGAGGGCGAAGACCCGGGACCUGGCCCCAUGGCAGAAGCGAUUCAUCAUUGCUUAAAGCGGGCUGGCACCAAGAAGUCGGUGAUAUUUCCAAACGCUAAGGACUUCGAGAGCGCUAUUCCGCAAAGUCAUCGCAAGGGUGAAAAAGGAUUCCAUGUCAAAGCACACCGGGGUAGCAAAGAAGGCUACCUCUUCUUCACGUCCGUCGGGAUUUUUUACGGCUUCAAGAAACCCUUGGCAUUCUUCGACUUUGCUUCCGUCACUUCUAUAUCAUACACCGCUGUACUCCGCAAUACCUUUAACAUGGUAAUCUCUACGCAGACCGGAGAUAUCGAAUUCGGAAUGUUAGAUCAGGACGAUUACACUGGCAUCAACGAAUAUGUGCAGAAGCAUGGCCUGCAAGAUGCUAGCAUGGCAGCUGCACGAAGGGCGAAGAAGCUGAAUGUGAAUCCACCAGCAAACAAGGGGGCAGAUGAUACUGCAGAGCCAGACGAAGGUGGACUGAGCGAGUUGCAGAAGGCUGAACAGGAGCUGCAAGAUAUGGAAGAUGAGGACGAGGAAGAUUAUGAACCAGGGCAAGAAGAGGAAAGUGAUGGCAGUGGUGAUGAUAGCGAGGAAGACAGCGAGGGCGAAGACUAUGACGAAGACGAAGAUGACGACGACGAGAUGGAAGGUCAAGAGUAA